ACUGUUGGUACGUAUUUCCGUACCAAUAGUAUCGCUCAGUGGUCGCGUCUACGGGUUUCCUCCAUUGUUAAAGUGGAAAAUUAUUGAAUCCAUAGAGUGUGUUAGUGUUUGGGAUGUACCGGGAUAAACGGGAAUGGCUUCACUAACACUCUCGUCUCUCUGCUGGGCUCUGCUGAUCCUCUUCGUCGUGGUUUUCGCCGCUGACGCCCAGAACACUGUUACAGCUGAGCCUGGACAGGACGUAGUUCUACCAUGUCGAGUAUCACCAGACAAAACCAUCAGAGCUGUGAAGUGGAGCAGAGCUGACCUGGGGAAGGAAUAUGUGCUUCUGUUCCGGGAUGAGCAGCUGGAUCCAGAAGAGCAGCAUGUGUCUUUUAAGAACCGGGUGGAUCUGCAGGACAGACAGAUGAAGGAUGGAGACGUAUCUUUGAUUCUGAAGAAUGUGACGACUGCUGAUGAUGGAUCAUACAAUUGUGAUAUUUUCAACGGAGUGACAGAUUCAUGGGAGAGCAUCAACACCGUCAGCCUGACUGUUUCAGGUCAGACAGGAGAACUCACAGUUGCACCUGUUGGACUCAUCGCUGGUCUGAGUGUUCCUGCUGUGCUUCUUGUUGCUGCUGUUGUUGGUUUUGUGUGCUACAGAAAACAUAAACAACAGAACCGGGAUUUUAACUAGCAUCCUCAUGAACAGCAGGUUUCAAAUGUCUCUACGGUUUAGUAUGUGUAAACUAACAAAACACUAAACUUACAAAACAACACUGGUUUAAAAACUAAUUAUUUAAUUUAAUCCUGGAUCACACUACAUGACAUCACUACAGAGUUCAGACAAAUGAUGCAUCAUUUACCCGAAUCACUAUAAUUGAGAGAAAUCCUGGAAAAAAAUAUUAGGACAUAAUAAUUGACAAGUUUCACCUGCUCUAUGUGUAACUCAAUGACCUCUAACACCUGAAAUAUUUUAUUGUAUGAAGGUAAAAUAUUGUGUACCUCUAAUAUUCAUCAUCUAUCCAGAUCUAUCACAGUGACAUGGAACCGCCCACCGUAUUAUAAAGCCUUUCCAUUUAAUGUAUUAUAAAGGUGGAGGUGUUGCUCUUCCAUCGCUGUCACUGGCAGAUCUGAAUGAAUACUGACCUUAAAAGUGAAGGUGAAUCCUGUUUGAAUGACAGCAUGUUGUUUACCAGUUCAUUAAUAUUAGUGAAUGACUCUGGGUCAGGGAUGUCAAACUGGUUUUACAUCGUUGGCCACAUUAAACUCCCCUCGAUGUAAAGUAGUUUAAGUGCAUGUUCAGUCUGACAUAUCUCUGUGUAAGAAGGAGAAGUGCAACUUUAUCAGCACCUCUGAAGUUUCUCUAAUAAAUUUCUGUACUAGAUGGUGAAAAAACAGGAACUUUCUGUAACUUAACAGCCUGUUUAUUGUUUAUUGUUUAUUUACUUUGGUGUCGUAUGAAUCACCUUUGAUGAGGUCGUCAGUUGAAAAGCAGCAAAGCUGCAUUUUCCAAAGACACCCAGUGGGGAUAUUGGAACAUGUUUGUUCCCCAAUAGCAGCUAAGCUUAUUUUAUUAUUUAUUCAUUAUCAUAGAAACAUUAUAGCAGGUUAUGAUAUGGAUGUGUUACUCAGAGAAUUGAAUUUGUAACCUCUGACCUUUGUGAAGCUUUUCAGCUUAAAAUGCCAGAACGACCAGACACUAAAGACAAACCCACUGCGUAAAGGAAACUUUACUACACUAUGUAAGGAGCAGAAGACACUAAAAUACUGAAUUAAAACUAAAACAUUUUCAUGCUAUAACAUGAAAACUGGCGUCAUGCAUGUCAGCUGAUCCUUUUAUAAUUUUUAGUUUGUCAUAGAGACAAAAAGUGACGGAGCAUUUAGAGCAGAACAUCCUAACAGGAAGUUCAACUCUGUGGUUUUACAGUUACGCUGUGUUCAACUGUGAAUAGUUCAAAGCAAAGGAGGAGUGAUGUCAGUGUAGGUUAGAGGAAGUCUGAAAUAGAGUCGACAGCCAGGAUCACAAACACUACACAGUUUCUGAUUCCAUCCUUUUCCUGUAAGUAACUAGUUAAUGUAACUCUUCUUUCUAGGUAACAAUUUGAUGUCAAACGUGACUCGUGUGAGCAAAGUAAAGGCUUUUCAAACUAUUUUCUAUCCAUCUGUACAUCUAGUGGCUCUAAGCACUCACUGCAGCUGUUCGUAACUUCAAACAUUAAAAAAUGCAUUUAUUACACAUCACUACACUAACAGACUAACUAAAGAGAUGAGUGGUGAUCAUCUCAGCAGACUGGGGGGUGAACACAUUACACCAGGUCAAAUAUCCACGUUCAUGUUUAAUUACUGCAGAACUUUGGUGCAAACAGCAGUAACAUCAGUGAUGAUGGUGAAACAACAGGAAGUAAACAAACCACAAAAUGGGACUAAAUGGGACCAGUGAGGAAGUGUCAGUACAAUAAAAAGAUGCAGAAAAGAAACGAUGGAGUAAAAAAACUAUUUUAAAAGGAAAACA